CCUUCUUAUAUGCCUCAGCCUGCAGCCUCUGUCAAGACAAAGCUCCAUAUUCCCAUUGGGUAGUCAUUCUUGAAAUCUUUCUAAAAAGACUAAGAAAGAUGGCUCUCAAAGCUGUUCACGUCUCUGAUGUGCCUAAUCUUGAUCAAGUCCCAGAAAAUGCAGCAUGUUCCCUCUGUACCACCCGCUUCACCAAUAAAAGUGUGAAUGAUCAUGAAGGUGACCAUGAUGGCACAGAACAACUUCCAUUUAAAUUCCCAAAAUUUGUGGUGAUGGGACACAGAGGUAGUGGAAUGAACAUGCCGCAAUGUUCUGAUAUAAGAAUGAAAUCCAUUAAAGAGAACUCAAUCCUCUCAUUUAAUGCUGCCGCAAAAUUGCCUGUGGAUUUCAUUGAAUUUGACGUUCAGGUGACCAAAGAUGACUGUCCAGUCAUUUUUCACGACAACUUCAUCCUCACUGAAGACCAGGGUGCCAUUGUUGGGAAAAGAGUUACAGAAAUCACUUUAGCUGAAUUUCUCUCCUAUGGACCACAGAAGGAGCCUGGAAACGUCGCAAAGCCUUUAUUUAGGAAAACAAAAGAUGGGAGAAUUUUUGAAUGGAAAGUUGAAGAAGAUGAUCCUCUUUGUACACUGCAAGAGGUCUUCCAGAAAGUUGACGGUUCAAUAGGCUUCAAUAUUGAAUUGAAGUUUGAUGAUCAAACCAUCUACAAGCAGGAAGAAUUCGCACACAUUCUUCAAGUAAUCUUGAAGGUGGUGUUUGAGCAUGCCAAGGACAGACCUAUCAUGUUCUCUAGCUUUCAACCUGAUGCAGCUCAGUUGAUGAGAAAAUUGCAGAGAAAAUAUCCUGUCUUCUUCCUGACUAAUGGGGGAUCCGAAAUUUACACGGACAUAAGAAGGAACUCCUUGGAUGAGGCCAUCAAGGUUUGCAUGGAGGGUGGCCUGCAAGGAAUUGUAUCUGAAGUCAAGGCUAUCUUUAGAAAUCCAGAAGCAGUGACAAGAGUUAAAGAGUCUAAGCUUUCCCUCAUUAGUUAUGGCCUAUUGAACUGUGCAUUUCGCAGUAAUGUGCCCGAGGUGGUGUGCGUGCAGCAUUUGAUGGGUGUUGAAGGGGUGAUUGUUGACCUUGUUCGAGAGAUUACAGAGGCAGUCCCACAUUUCACUGACCCAGCAAAGGUAGGUGAAGAAUUGAGAUUGUUUGGCAAGGAAGGGAAGAUGAAAUUUGAAGCUCUAAUACCUGCUGAACUCUCAAUAGACAAUCUCAUUUGUCCAGUGACUCUAUAAUCCUGCCAAGGAAUAUCUGAUUAAAUUUGCAACCUUGGACAGUUUAUGAGUUAACAUGCUGGGAUAAAGUGAGCAAGAGGGUUGAGAAUCGGUUGCAUGUACAAAGGUUUUAUUAUAAUCAUUGAUUAUGAUAGAUUUUAUAUAGAUGUUGUGGUUAUAAUACAACUACUGUAUAUAAAACGAUUGUAUUCUAAAUCUUUACUAUUAGUGUGGAACACUCUUGUUGCUUGAGGUUGUCUCCAGUGUACUAUCUUCCUAGAAGCACUUUGCUUCGUGUACAUGAAAUGUGGGUAUUGAAUAUAAUGCUAUGUUAUUGUCAA